ACGAAUCGACCGCUCGACUUGUUAAAUUGAACAAGCGCGAUAGCGGAAGUGGUUAGAUAUUGAAUUCAACACUGAGUCUGUGUAUGAGCAGGUGAUUGGCUUUCUUCAUCCGUGAUUCUGGAAUAUCCAUAUUCCGUACUGUCUUGCUUUGACUUUUCAAAUAACGUUGCCAAUUAUACUUUGACUUUGGCAUACAUUUGCACAGCUGUUUUCAAUUAGUACCAUUGUCGUUAUCUAUUGAAAACCGGAGCAAGGCACAAACAAAACUUCAAUGUUUCUGCCAAGCAUUAAACAUUAGGGCAACACAACUGACGGCUGUCGCACGAGCCAGCAAAUUCUGUGCUGCACUUGUAAUUAAUAUUAACAUGAGACUGUUAAUCUGGUUGUGUUCGCUGUGCUUCGUUGGCAAUAAUGUCGGUGGCAUGUUCUUGGAGCUGCCAGGCAACACAGCAGCAACAUCAGCUGAUGAUGGUACUAUCGACGACUUCCUAGGCGGAGCGAUAAGUGGGCUAAACCGAUACCUUGGCGGCAAGGCAGACGCUACCAGACUGAAGCCUGUCAGCCAGCGUAAAGGCAGCACUAGCCCCGAGACAUCAACAGCCACAAUAAGGCCAUCAUCGUCGGGAUUUUUAGAUGAAAUGGAAACGUCUCUCGAACAUGCAACAGACACGCUCGACGGUCUCUGGCAGCAAUUCAGGCAGGGACUACUGAACCUGGUGGACAGCUUUAGCGUCGCCGAUAAUGAUGGCAGCAUAGACAUUGAUCAAGGCAGUACAACGCCAGCGAGUAGCGUACAGCAGCUAGGAACAACAACACCAACAGUUGUGCCAACAACAAAAAUCCCAACAGCAAUAACAACUUUGGGGCCAGCGACUGUAUUGGAAAUAACUAGCAGCACACCGCUUCCAUGAUGACUUCUUGAACAAUUUCUGGAUUCAACUUCUUGACUUCAACACGCAACAAAAGAUCAGCUAUCAUUAAAAUGUUGAACAAAGAAACCUACUCGAAGUAAUACAAAGUCUACAUCGAUUGUGGCAACGCAGCUGUUUCAAAUAUUUACACAGCUGUUGGCCAAAAAUAUUUCACAUCGCUGCAAUCAUACUAAGUAAAAGCAAUCAAUCCAUCAUUCGCGAAAGGCAUGUUGAGGUGUUGCUUUAAUCUUGUUAUCUCUGCUCUGUUAUCGCUAACAAUGCACGUGUCUCUGGUGCAGGUAGCGUAGAAUAACUGCCUAGAAGGCCAAUACUAAUUAACAACAUCACAGACAGCUCCGUUAGAAAUAGCUUUCAUGGGUAUAGAUCGCGUCGAUCAGAUUGGUUAUGCUGCUGGCACUGUAAGCUGGGCUUAUCCACAAGCUGACAAACGGGAACUUGUUCCGGAGCUGAAACUGCCGCUACUGCAGGAUCGGUUCGAACAAGAUGCAGAUGUUCAUAUAUGGCAAAUGCAUUUGAUGCAACUCAACCUGCUGAAGAUUUUGGUUAUAUUGGAUGUGACGAUUUUUAUAUUUGUAUGCUACGCAACGUGCAUACAUUAAAGAAAUUAUAAUUUUCUACACUUCGGUUUUUAAUAAAACCUGUAAGACAAAAACUUAA